GGCCUGCCGGCCAAUGGCGGCUCGCGCGGGCCCGCCGGAGGACGCCCGCCAGCCAAUGGGCGGGCGAGCGGGGGCGGCGCGGCUACAUGUUGCGGUGUCGCCAACGUGGGUCCGCGGCGAGCGGCGCUCGGGCCGGGCGGGGAGAGCGGCGGGGCCGGGCCGGUGGCAGCGGCAGGAGCGGGAACGGCGCGGCGGUCGCAAGCGGCUCUCAGCCCCGCGGGAGCGCACCGAGCGACGGGGAGAGCUCCAGCGGCCGCCGGCCCGGAGCCGUGCGGCGUGACGGAGGAAGCGCUUCCCGCGGCGAGGACGCGGACCCGACCCGACCCGACCCGCCCGGCGGUGCCCGCCCGCCCGCCCGCUGGCGGGUGGAUGCCGGUGCCGUGAUCGCCCCGCGGGGCCGCGCCGCGCCGCCGCCGCCGGCGGCCGAGGCGAUGCUGCGGGCGGCGGAGCGGCGCUGAGCGCUCGCGGGGCCCCGCGGCUUUACCGCUGCGCUCCGCGCCGGGGC